AUGGAGUUCAACUACUCGGAAAUCGUCGAUCCAUCCAGCUUCGACACCGAAGGCCUCUGCGAAAGAAUCGACGUGCGCAUGAGCAAAUUCACGAAUCUUGAGGAUCGAGGUGCAAUCCGCGCUCAUGAGGACUGGAACAAGCACAUUGGGCCCUGUCGUGAAUACAAGGGAACACUUGGACCCAGAUUCAGUUUCAUAUCGGUGGCAAUACCGGAGUGCAUACCUGAGAGAUUAGAGGUUGUGGCAUAUGCAAACGAGUUUGCCUUUCUUCACGACGAUGUCACUGAUAAUGUCAGCCACGAAACUAGCGAGAUCGAAAACGACGAGAUGAUGUCAGCCUUCCUCGAGGCUGCCCAUACCGGCACGAUCGGUAACUCGAAAAAGGGUGAUGCACGGUUGCAGGGCAAGAAACGCAUUCAAAACCAGUUGUUCCUCGAGAUGCUCGCAAUUGAUCCCGAAUGCGCCAAAACAACCAUGAAAUCGUGGGCACGGUUCGUUGAACUUGGUUCCAGUCGGCAACAUGAGAUACGUUUCGUCGAACUGGCCAAGUACAUACCGUACCGUAUCAUGGACGUGGGUGAGAUGUUCUGGUUUGGACUAGUGACGUUUGCUCUCGGCCUUCAAAUCCCCGACCAUGAGCUCGAGCUCUGCCGUGAACUCAUGGCAAAUGCUUGGAUUUCUGUUGGGUUGCAGAAUGAUCUAUGGUCUUGGCCGAAGGAGCGAGACGCCGCCAAGCAGCACGGAAAGGACCAUGUCGUCAACGCCAUCUGGGUCCUGAUGCAGGAGCAUAAGACGGACGUGAGUGGAGCCAUGCAAAUUUGUCGAUCCCUCAUCGUGGAGUACGUCGCCAAGUACCUCAAGGUCAUUGAGGCUACCAAAAACGAUGAGUCAAUCUCGUUGGACCUUCGCAAAUAUCUUGACGCCAUGCUCUAUAGCAUCUCGGGGAAUGUAGUCUGGAGUCUGGAAUGCCCGCGAUACAACCCCAAGAUCACAUUCAACGAGACACAACUGGAAUGGAUGCGAGGGGGGCUUCCACUUCUUGAAAUCUCGGAGAGCUUCUCAGAUAGUCCCGAUCUUUCCCCUUCGCCAGAUGAGUUAGAUUCUAUCCGGUAUAGAGCAGGAAGUGCCAGUACAGAAGCUUCCUCUUUGGCUACUGGAGGGUCUUGCUCACCCGCCCACACUGACGACAACAAAUCUUCGGAGGCAUACGACGCAAAUAACCAAUCUCUCGAGAACGAUGUCCUCCGCGCGCCCUACGAUUACAUUGCAUCCAUGCCAUCUAAGGGGGUAAGAGAUAAGUUCAUUGAUGCUUUGAACCAGUGGCUGCAGGUACCUGGGGACAAGGUGGUCAAGAUCGAGGAUGCAAUCCGUACCUUUCACAACUCUUCGUUACUCCUUGAUGACUUUCAAGACAACUCUGCUCUUAGACGUGGAAAACCAUCAGCACACAAUAUAUUUGGGCCGGCGCAAACCGUCAAUUCGGCUGUCUCUUCGAUUAUGCGGGGAUUUGGUCAAGUCAUGGAAUUUUCCUCAACCGAAUCUGCCCAGCGGGUAUUGAGUAGCAUUAUGGUUCUGUUUCAAGGUCAGGCCAUGGACUUGUUCUGGACGUACAACGGACGUGCACCGAGUGAAGAGGACUAUUACAAGAUGAUAGAUCAGAAAACCGGGCAGCUCUUCUCAAUCGCAACCAGCCUGCUACUCGAUGUCUCGGACACCGAGGUGGAAAUCCGCGAUCAUUUUUACCGGCUGACGGGUCUGCUUGGACGGUGUUUCCAAAUACGCGAUGAUUACCAAAAUCUGGUGUCUGACGAUUACCGAAAGCAGAAGGGGUUUUGCGAGGAUCUCGAUGAGGGAAAAUGGUCACUGGCCCUGAUUCACACACUGCACAAACUACCAAAUCACAUCGGCCUGCUCAAUGCGCUUUCAACGGGGAGAAAGCGUGGUAGUAUGACUGUAGAGCAGAAGCAGUUUGUUCUGGGCGUCAUCGAGGCUGGGGGAGGUCUUGACUAUACCAGGUCCGUCUUGAAGGACAUUCAUUUCCAGCUUUGUGCAGAGACACGGCGGAUUGAGGCUUUACUUAAUUCUCAAAACCUGGAACUGAGGCUCUUGUUGGAACUCCUCCGAGUUUGA